AAAAAAAAAAAAAAAACUAAAACCCUAAAAAUCAAAACCCAUUUCGCGGUUCUGUUCUCUCUCUUCCAUUCUCGCGUCUGUUCACUCGUCACUCACAACUCAUCAUCACUGAUCGAACAAAGCAAUUACGCGAAUUAGCAACGCGAAUCACUGAAACCAACCAUUUCCAUUUUCUUGUUUCUUGCGAAGAAAUCGAAACGAAAUACGAAGAAGAAGAAGAGGAAGGAGAAGAAGAAAGGAUCAUCUUUUCUCGUUUCUACGUUUCUCUCUCACAUUCUCCCUUUUCUGAUCUUGCGCCAUGGAUUCACGGGAGAGGUCGAUGCCUUCUGUUCAUCAACCUCAGCCACAAUCUACUCCACCCAAUAGAAUGAUGGGAAAUGCUUCCUAUUCCACCAAUUUUCCCAACAACAACAACAAUGCUUCCCCAUUGAUCAACCCCAAUUCCACCGCUGCUCAGAUGAUGUCAUCCGCAUCGCGAUUUCCCUUCAACUCCAUGAUGGGUUCUGCUUCUAAGCCUUCGGACUCACCUAAUGCCGGUUCUUAUGACGGAUCGCAUUCCGAAUUGCGUGGUGGUGGCUUCAACAUUGAUUCCGGGAAGAAGAAGAGAGGCCGCCCGAGGAAGUAUUCGCCUGAUGGCAACAUCGCUUUGGGUUUAUCGCCAACCCCCGUCACUUCUUCCGCCGCUCCCGGUGAUUCUGCCGGCAUGCACUCGGCGGAUCCUCGCCCGAAGAAGAACAGGGGACGGCCGCCGGGUACUGGGAAGAAGCAGAUGGAUGCUUUGGGAACUGGCGGUGUUGGCUUUACCCCUCACGUCAUUCUGGUGAAACCCGGUGAGGACAUUGCUUCGAAAGUUGUGGCAUUUUCACAGCUGGGGCCUCGGACUGUUUGUGUUCUCUCUGCCCAUGGUGCUGUCUGCAAUGUUACCCUUCAUCAACCCACAAUGGCCGCUGGCAGUGUGACAUAUGAGGGCCGAUAUGAAAUCAUCUCUCUAUCAGGAAACUUCUUGAUUUCUGACAGUAAUGGCAAUCGAAAUCGAACUGGUCGCUUAAGCGUGUCUCUAGCAAGUGCGGAUGGACAAGUCCUUGGUGGAAUUACCGACAUGUUAACAGCAGCAUCUACAGUUCAGGUUAUAGUGGGUAGCUUUCUUGUGGAUGGGAAAAAGCUGGACUCAAGUACACAGAAACCUGGGCCAUCUUCUACAUCACCCAAUAUGUUAAACUUCAGUGCACCUGCGGCGGCAACAGGCUGCCCCUCUGAAGGUGCAUCAAAUAAUUCAUCAGACGAUAAUGAUGGUAGCCCUUUAAGCCGGGCGCCUGGAAUCUACACCAAUGCCAACCAACCAAUUCAUAAUAUGCAGAUGUAUCAAUUGUGGGGUAGUCGAAAUCAAUAAUGAAGCUGCAUACCCAACUUAACAGUUUAGUGCAUUGGGUGUUGUUGAAGUGGGUUAGUGUUUUGCAUCCCGAUGUAUAGAGGUUAGUUCUGUAUUCUGUCCCUAACAUGCAUUGUUGAAACCGUAUCAUAACUUUUCUAGAGUAGAUUCACUAUUCAUCUUCUUUUAGCUGCUGGUUGGCUUUAUUUCUAGUCAGUUCUAAGUGUCUACUUUAACAUUUCUCCAUGGAUGUAGAACUUCUUCUGAAGAUUAUGGUAAAUCAUACCCCAUUGGGAUGUCAUUACGACAUUUAAUGUAGAGGGUAAAUCUUCAACUCCCUUUUUCUCAUGGUUAAAAGUCGAUCUAAUCAUGAAUUGGAUCCGAAGAUGCAUUGUCG